GAGAGGAAAAAACUGUGGAAAAAAAAACAAUGGUAGAUGGUUAUUUGAUUUCUUCAAACUGCCAGAGCGAAAAUAUCCAUAUGGAAUAUCCCAAGUUCGUAUCUUUGACAUAACCGUGCUCUCCAUGGCUGUAGAAGAAGAAGGUGGUCAGCUCCCCUCCGCCCGGCGAAACCCUAGAGUUAUGGAGACGGAUCCAAAUUCGAUCGUCCAUAAGAUCGAAAACCCUUCCUGGUUUUCCCCUAAAAAGCUGCUCGCUGUGUUUUGUGUAAUCAACUUACUAAAUUAUGUGGAUCGGGGAGCCAUAGCAAGUAAUGGUGUUAAUGGGAGUCUUGGAAAAUGCACAUCGAGUGGUACAUGUUCUUCUGGCAGUGGAAUCCAGGGAGAUUUUAACUUGAGCAACUUCCAGGAUGGUGUUCUGUCAUCUGCUUUUAUGGUUGGACUUCUUGUGGCCUCUCCCAUAUUUGCAUCUUUGGCCAAGAGUGUUAAUCCAUUUAGACUUAUUGGAGUUGGAUUAUCUGUCUGGACUUUUGCUGUUAUCGGCUGUGGUCUUUCUUUCGAUUUCUGGUCCAUUACAAUCUGUCGCAUGAUUGUGGGCGUUGGUGAAGCGUCGUUUAUAAGCCUUGCGGCCCCGUUUAUAGAUGAUAAUGCCCCAGUUGAUCAGAAAACAGCAUGGCUUUCUAUAUUUUAUAUGUGCAUUCCAACUGGAUAUGCUAUUGGCUACGUUUAUGGUGGACUGGUCGGGGGUGCUCUUCACUGGCGUGCUGCAUUCUGGGGAGAAGCAAUACUUAUGCUUCCUUUUGCUGUUCUAGGUUUCGUUAUGAAGCCUUUGCAGCUGAAAGGUUUUGCUUCAACUGAGACAUCUAGAGCUCAGACGGAUGAUUUAGACGUUCAAGAGGAAGAUGCUGUACUUGGUAAAGCUAGCAUGACUGUGUUGCCUUCGGAUUCUCCUGUAUCAACUAAAUCCUCCAAAUCAGAAGGUCUGCCGAUUAAAUAUCAGCUUUCAAUCAUUGUGAAAGAUAUGCAGGUGCUUUUGCUAGAUAAGGUUUACGUCACCAAUGUUCUUGGAUAUGUUGCAUACAACUUUGUGUUAGGCGCAUAUUCAUAUUGGGGGCCAAAAGCUGGUUAUAACAUAUACAAUAUGAGUAAUGCAGAUCUGAUAUUUGGAGGAAUCACAGUUAUUUGCGGGAUCUUGGGCACAGUAUCGGGGGGCUUGAUUCUGGAUUAUAUAGAUUCCACGAUUUCAAAUGCUUUUAAGCUUCUUUCAGUGGCAACACUCCUAGGAGGAUUGUUUUGCUUCAUUGCUUUCUGUUUCAAGAGCAUGUAUGCAUUCUUGGCUCUUUUUGCUGUUGGUGAAUUGCUCGUCUUUUCCACACAGGGUCCCGUGAAUUACGUGAAUCUCCACUGUGUGAAACCGAGUUUAAGACCACUGUCCAUGGCAAUUUCCACAGUUGCAAUUCAUAUCUUUGGAGAUGUCCCUUCCUCUCCGCUUGUCGGGGUCCUCCAGGACCAUGUAAACAAUUGGAGAGAGACUGCUCUUAUUCUCACAUCAGUUCUCUUUCCAGCCGCUGCAAUAUGGUUUAUGGGGAUUUUCCUGAACAGUGUGGACAGAUAUAACGAAGAUUCAGAGCACGGUACAGUGAACAGGGGUUCAACCACAACGACCCCUCUGCUCGAUGAAGGCAUGACACAGCCUUGACCUUCCUGUCAGAAAUCGAGCGGUCGGUGAUAUGGUUAGACUGCAACCUUCGGCACAAAACUGCAUGAUCUAGAAAUGUUGGAACUUCCAGGGUGACAUUAUGUGUCCCUGUUUCGUGUGUAGAUAUUUACCACAAAUUGUAAGUACCUGUUUCAUGUCCCACGCGGAUACUGCUACAGCAGAAAUUUGAAUUUAUCCUGACUAUCUUUUGUACCCGUGAUCCGCUGCUUGCUUUCUUCAUCUGGUUUCAAUAGCUAAAACGGGAAUCUGUAAUGUCCAAGUUCCACAACCAAGAUCUUGUCUGUAACUAUUCAAUUACUUCAUUUCAUUAUUUCCUGUUA